GAGGUGAUUGGCAGGUGGGCGGAGGCAGAGGAGGGCUCGCCGGAGCGGCCAUGUCCGCCAUCUUGGAGCGUCGGUGAUGGUGGCGAGCGGAGGUUUUCCCGCCUGAGCGGAGGCACCCGGGGCCUGUGGCGGGGGACGCGCUGCCGAGGAAGAAAUCUGCUUCAUCUAAUUAAAUGCUAAUUCAGUCCUGCUAAUCUGCUAGUACUGUAGAUUGAAAGAUUUUUUUGCUGUUGCCAGGAUACCCUGUAAUGGGCAAGAAGCCUGAGAGAAUACAAAACGUUCUGAUUUUUUAACUUUUAAAAACUUUGUGUUUGACAGUGUUUUGCUUUUGUGCCAGGAAAUGUAUCUGCUGCCCAACUUUUUGAAAGAGUUUCAAAGCAAAUGUGUUCAUGAACUGACAUAUAGUAGGACCUGGGCUCCUGUUGAGAAGUGAUGGAAUAAUCUGUGGCCGGCACCUGACAUAUUGAGGGAGCAGCCCCUAAAAGAGCUUGCCUGGGAGACAGUUUGUGAAAUAACGCAGUAACAUGUUUGCAGUAACCAGCAUGUUUUGGAAAUUUGAUCUCCAUUCAUCAUCGCACAUAGAUACACUUCUAGAGAGAGAAGAUGUAACACUGAAGGAAUUGAUGGAUGAAGAGGAUGUUCUACAGGAGUGCAAGGCUCAGAAUCGCAAACUUAUAGAGUUUCUGCUGAAGUCAGAAUGUUUGGAAGACUUAGUUUCAUUUAUUAUUGAAGAGCCACCUCAAGACAUGGAUGAAAAAAUUCGAUAUAAAUACCCAAACAUAUCAUGUGAGCUGCUUACAUCAGAUGUCUCACAGAUCAAUGAUAGACUGGGAGAAGAAGAAUCCUUACUCCUGAAACUGUACAGCUUCCUCUUUAACGAAUCUCCUCUAAACCCUCUACUGGCCAGUUUCUUCAGCAAGGUGUUAAGUAUUCUUAUCAGCAGAAAACCAGAACAGAUUGUGGAUUUUUUAAAGAGGAAGCACGAUUUUGUAGACCUCAUUAUUAAGCACAUAGGGACCUCUGCUAUCAUGGACUUGUUGCUCAGGCUACUGACUUGCAUAGAACCUCCACAGCCCCGGCAAGAAGUGCUAAAUUGGCUGAAUGAGGAGAAAAUUAUCCAGCGGCUUGUGGAAAUAGUACACCCAUCUCAAGAUGAAGAUAGGCAUUCAAAUGCAUCACAGUCACUCUGUGAAAUUAUUCGUCUAAGCAGAGACCAGAUGCUACAAGUACAGAACAGCUCAGAACCAGAUCCACUGCUUGCAAGUUUAGAGAAACAAGAAAUCAUAGAGCAGCUUCUGUCUAAUAUUUUUCAUAAAGAAAAAAAUGAAUCUGCAAUAGUCAGUGCAAUCCAAAUCCUAUUGACCUUACUUGAGACAAGACGACAGACAUUUGAAGGACAUAUAGAGAUCUGUCCUCCAGGCAUGAGCAAUUCCACAUACUCUGUCAACAAAAGUGUUUUAGAAGCCAUAAAAGCACGACUUUCAUCCUUCCAUGAGCUCCUACUUGAGCCUCCAAAAAAAAGUGUCAUGAAGACAACCUGGGGUGUACUGGAUCCACCUGUAGGAAACACGCGUUUAAACGUGAUUAGAUUAAUAUCUAGCCUUUUACAGACAAAUACAAGCAGCGUGAAUCAGGAGCUUAUAGAACUUAACAGCAUAGGAGUAAUACUGGACAUGUUUUUUAAGUAUACGUGGAAUAACUUUUUGCAUACUCAAGUAGAAAUCUGUAUUGCAUUAAUUCUUGCAAGUCCUCUUGAAAACACGGAAAAUGGCACAAUUACAGAUCAGGAUUCCAGUGGGGACAAUCUCUUACUGAAACAUCUCUUCCUUAAGUGCCAAUUAAUAGAAAGAAUACUUGAAGCGUGGGACAUGAAUGAGAAGAAACAGGCUGAAGGAGGAAGAAGGCACGGCUACAUGGGUCACCUGACAAGGAUAGCAAACUGCAUUGUGCACAGUACAGAUAAGGGGCCAAACAGCACACUAGUCCAGCAGCUCAUCAAAGAGCUUCCAGAGGAGGUCAGAGAGCGAUGGGAAACAUUCUGCACAAGCUCUUUAGGAGAAACCAACAAGAGGAAUACAGUGGAUCUGGUUACGACCUGCCACAUUCAUUCUUCCAGUGAUGAUGAAAUAGACUUUAAAGAAACUGGCUUCUCACAGGAUUCUUCUUUGCAGCAGGCCUUUUCUGAUUAUCAGAUGCAACAAAUGACGUCCAAUUUUAUUGACCAGUUUGGCUUCAACGAUGAGAAGUUUGCUGAUCAAGAUGACAUUGGCAAUGUUUCUUUUGAUCGGGUUUCGGACAUCAACUUUACCCUCAAUACAAAUGAAAGUGGCAAUAUAGCCUUGUUUGAGGCAUGCUGUAAGGAACGGAUACAGCAGUUUGAUGAUGGUGGCUCUGAUGAGGAAGACAUUUGGGAAGAAAAACAUAUUGCAUUUGCACCAGAGUCCCAGAGGCGUUCCAGUUCUGGCAGUACAGACAGUGAAGAAAGUACAGAUUCUGAAGAAGAGGAUGGAACUAAACAAGACUUGUUCGAAUCCCACACCAAUACAGAGGACAAAAUGGAAGUAGACUUAAAUGAACCACCUAACUGGUCAGCGAACUUCGAUGUACCCAUGGAGACUGCACAUGGUGCCAGUCUGGAUUCUGUUGGCUCUGCUGUGUGGAGUAGUGAAGCACCUGUGCCAGCUAAAGAAACUGGCUGGGCUUCCUUUUCUGACUUCACAUCCUCUUUGAGCUCAAAAGACUCCUUAAGAAGUAAUUCUCCUGUGGAAAUGGAAACAAACACCGAUCCGGGUGAUCCCUUGAGUGCAAAUGCAGCUACCCUUACAACACAGCUAGAGACGCCUGGAAGUGUUGCUAUGGAGGCCAGCUCAGAUGGAGAGGAUGAUGUGGAAAAUGCAGACAAGGUAACUGAGACGGUCAUGAAUGGCAGCAUGAAGGAGACACUGAGCCUAACUGUAGAUGCUAAAACUGAAACUGCCGUUUUCAAAAGUGAGGAAGGAAAAUUGACUACCUCGCAGGAUCCUUCUUGUAAAUAUGUAGUAGAAGAGAAUACAGAGGUUGCAGAAGAGGUCCCUUCAGGUCUUCAGCCUACUAACAGCAGUUCAGAACAGAGGACUGAGCAACAUACCCAUUUAGGAGAGGCAUCUGUUAAUGGCCCUGUAUGAUAUGUGAUGUCUACUGCCUUGGCUGAAGAGAAAGAACUGAUGUCCAGGAGUUUGAGUGUUUCUUGAGGAUAUCAUCUAGACCCUGUUGAAGCCAGUCACUGCUGCACUAAUUUCGCAAGGAAUCAGGACCAGCAACAUUUAUAUUCUAGAUUUUAAGACAUUGUACAGAAAUUCAUAAGUGUAAAAAUAUUGCACAUUGAGAAAUACCAAUAAUUUUUGCGUAUGUUUAUAUUGUAUUGUUCUAAAUAAUGGGGGGCCUGUGAAAUAAGAUCCUGCUACCCAUGUAAUGAUGACAGUAGUGUUACUAUAGUUAAAAUGGCUGUAAGAAUAGUUUUAUAAAAAAGUGAAUACAAAAAUCUAAUGUAUUUGAGACAUAACUAUUUGACGAUUAGUGUGACCAAAGUAUUUAGCAGUUUUCUUACAUUUUUCACCUUGUAAAAAAAGAAAAAGAAAAGUCAUGUUUUUUCUGAAACUGAGAUGCCCUAUAAAUGUUAUUUUGGUUGGUUUAGCUUAAAAAAGUGAUUUAAAUAAGAAUUUUUUGGUGUUCAACAUUUUACAACAGGUUUUUUAAUUGGUAAUUGUUUUCUGUAUUGUUCAAAACAGAUCAAAAAAUGUAAGUCUAUUGGUAGAGAUUUUAAGUAUUUAUUGCAACAGCUUAGUUGACAAAUUGAUGUUACUGUAAAGCCAUAUGUUCUGUUAAGUCUAGUUUGCUUGAAACAAUACCUUCCAGGUGAAACACUAGAAUAUUUGGAGUGCACAUGGCUUGUUGUGUUUCAGUGGUUCACCUGCCUUUUAAACAGUUCACCAAGAUUUAGUUUAAUACCAAGCAUUAUACAAUGGAACAUUUCAGAACAAUCUGCGUAUUUAAAACGCUAUAAUCCUUUUAGACAAGUCAAGUAAAAGAAAUGCUCAUGCUGCUAAUGUAAUUACAGUACCUGCAUUUUAAAAGUAAAUAGUGUUUUUAAUACAAAUUUUGGCAGCAGAGCAUGUUAAUUGGUAAUUUCACUGUACUGAUCUGUGUGAGGCUUUCAUUUGUAUGUUCUAAACCAGUUUUUUCACAGCUGGUUUGUGUAUAUAUAUAGUGAUUAUGGAAACUAAUUCUGUGUAAUUUAUAAUUUUCUAUGUCAGUGUAAAAUUCCAACAGCCUUCUCAAACAAACAGAAGCAAUAUACUGUAUAUUGCCACAUUGUCCGGUGAAAGGGUUAAAAUACUCCUGCACUUUUAGACGCAAAACCAUUUUUGUUUCUGUAAUCGUUUUAUUCAUUUUUUUUUUACAUCAUUUGUUUUCCUGACCAGUAUUUAAAGCCAAAAGGAUAUUCUAAACAAUGGCCAAUGAGUUAUUUUAGAAGGCGUCCCAAACAACGUGCCUAAACAUUACAUUGCAUACAGAAAUAAAAAACCCACACGUAUGUCACUGCCCUUUUUGCUUUCUCUUUUGCAUUUUCUGCAAGGUUCAGUGCACUUGUCCUUGGAAGUUUUUGCAGACUGAUCAGUUCUGUGAACAUGAAGGGUAAAAGCACAAUAUCAUAAGUAGAAGGGGUAUGGUUGCCUUUUUAUUUAUAAGUGAUGGAAU